CACACGUUCUACUCCAUUUGUCUUUUGUUUUGUUUUGAUAUGUAAGUAAACUACUGGUUUAAAGAUUAUGAAGUUUCUUGCUUAUUUCAUUCCAUAAAUGAAGGACAGAUGUUCAACAGAUUUCACCACUGGGCACUGAUUUCUCUGAAUCCUCCAUUGCAUUGACAUCUGCUUAGCCCCUCCUACUAAUACAUAGGCAGCAACAUCUUUCUCAGAGAGAGGGCACACAGUCCGAAAACAUCUGGACCAUAAGAAAGAAGAUCAAUGGAUCAGAGCAACAUCUGAUGUACAGACUUUUUUUUUUUAACGUUUGCAUUGUUGCAUUUCUUUAAAAUUGGCUCUGGGGUGUCCAUAAUCAUAUUCAUAUUCUUGAGGCUCAGGGCCCAUUCUCAUGGUUGGCUCAUAUACUCACCCAGAUGUUUUCUGACUCUUGCAAAGUUUCAGGGUUCUUUUUAUUUUUCUGAGAAAGUGAUGGCUCUAUCAGCUCCACUUCCCAAGCAGGACAACCAAUAGCUGCUGCUGUCCCCUGCCAUACCAAUCUCUCAGACCACAAGGCUUCGUCUCAGUUGACAGUGCAAGGUCAGAAGAAGCAGGGAAGGAACUAGCGCAAUAGUUUUCCAGUCUGGUUGUACAUUAGACACUGGGUCUGAACUGUCACUCUGUGUCAUGUAGAGAACAUGCUGUUUUAGUGUAUUUACUCCACCUGUUGACAUAAGCUGCCUGGUGAGUGUCAGUAUUUGAGUUUGAGCAUCCUGCUCUUUUGGUCAACUUCCUAAUAACAUUUGUAAUUAAUUAAGCUUAUCUCUUCAGUUUCUGUAUAUUCCUGGGAGGUAAGAAUGAACUAUUAACUCAAGGAAAAUAGGCUUUCCUUUAUGUGUGGAAACUGCAGGGGCUCAGUAACUCAUCCAAAAGUAUAAAACUUCUAAGUGAUAUCACAGAAAUUCAUACCUUGGCCUUAAAGCGUGAAUCCAAAGCUGAAGCUUUGGAGCUAUAUGAUACAUUGCCUUCCCGAUAAUCUUUAUGGCCGUGCUCCAUCACGCAGUGUUUCCCCUCCACCUCAGCUGUGGGGAGCUGGAUAUCAGGAAAUGGGGCCAAUUGCCAGACAAGGCUCAGGAACACUGCCCUUGUCUUUGUUAAAGCCUGUGGUGAAUACUUGACUCCUGCUAAUGUCAGGCCAGGAAUAUGGCUUUGUUGGCCCUGAGAACCACACAUUUCUGAGGUCAUUGUGAGGUCAUCGUUUCUGGCAUGGCAUGUAUGUGUAGCUGGGCUCUCCCUAUGCUGCACACGGGCCAGCUCCUAUUAAAGGGACUUGAGCUCCAUUCCCAGAGCUGCCAGACAGCUGAGAUGGGGAGACUGCUGCUGUGGGUUGGCCUUGUUCUUCUGACGAAACACAAUGAUGGUACUGCCUACAAGCUGGUGUGUUAUUUCACCAACUGGGCUCACAGUCGGCCAGACCCUGCCUCCAUCUUGCCCCAUGACCUGGACCCCUUUCUUUGUACACACCUGAUAUUUGCCUUUGCCUCAAUGAACAACAAUCAGAUUGUUGCCAAGAAUCUCCAGGAUGAGAAAAUUCUCUACCCAGAGUUCAACAAACUCAAGGAGAGGAACAGGGCACUGAAAACACUGCUGUCCAUCGGAGGGUGGAGCUUCGGCACAGCACGGUUCACCACUAUGCUGUCCACACUUGCCAGCCGUGAAGAGUUUGUUGAUUCAGUCGUAUUCUUCCUGAGAACACAUGGCUUUGAUGGGCUUGAUCUCUUCUUCUUGUACCCUGGACUCCGGGGCAGCCCCAUGCAUGACCGGUGGAAUUUUCUCUUCUUAAUUGAAGAGCUCCAGUUUGCUUUUGAGAAGGAGGCACUGUUCACGCAGCGCCCAAAGCUGCUGCUGUCGGCUGCUGUCUCUGGCAUCGCAUACAUCAUUCAAACAUCUUAUGAUGUGCACCUUUUAGGAAGACGUCUGGAUUUCAUUAAUGUAUUGUCUUAUGACUUACAUGGAAGUUGGGAAAAGUUUACAGGACACAACAGUCCUUUGUUCUCCCUUCCUGAUGACUCCAGAUCUUCGGCCUAUGCUAUGGAUUACUGGAGAAAACUUGGGGCACCUGCAGAUAAACUUAUCAUGGGCUUCCCUGCCUAUGGACGUACCUUUCAACUCCUCGAAGAAUCUAAGAAUGGAUUGCAGGCUGCCUCAACGGGACCAGCAUCUCCUGGGUAUUACACCAAGCAGGCUGGCUUCCUGGCUUACUAUGAGGUUUGUUCCUUUAUCCAGAGAGCAGAACAGCGCUGGAUUGAUUAUCAGUAUGUCCCAUAUGCCUAUAAGGGGAAGGAGUGGGUUGCCUACGAUGACACCAUCAGCUUCACUUACAAGGCAACAUUCGUGAAAAGAGAACAUUUUGGGGGUGCCAUGGUGUGGACACUGGAUAUGGACGAUGCCAGGGGCCUUUUCUGUGGCAAUGGCCCUUUCCCCCUUGUCCAUAUAUUGAAUGAGCUCUUGGUGCAGGCAGAGUUCAACCCAACCCCUUUGCCACAAUUUUGGUUUACAUCGCCUGUGAAUUCCUCAAGACCUGGCUCUGAGAGUCUGCCUGUGACAGAGGGGUUCACCACUGAUACUGUAAAGAUUUUAUCCCCAGGAGAAGCUAUGGCCACCGAAGUCCACAGAAAUGAAAAUGUGACUACAGUCCCUAAUGGUGGAUUCGUGACCCCUGAGGGAACAACGUCUCCUGCAACACAUGUGGUAGCUCUAGAAAGUAGCACUGUGGCUCCUGAGGCAAAAGCCACAACCUCACUGGACCUUCCAUCUGAGACCACUACUGGGAAGACAGUGACAGCCCAGACACAGACAACUAGGGAAGAGACCAUGGCCACAGUGGGUAAUCAGUCUGUGACCCCUGGGGCGGAGACCACGGCCACAGUGGGUAAUCAGUCUGUGAUCCCUGGGGCGGAGACCACGGCCACAGUGGGUAAUCAGUCUGUGACCCCUGGGGAGGAGACCAUGGCCACAGUGGGUAAUCAGUCUGUGACCUCUGGGGCGGAGACCACAGACACAAUGGGUAAUCAGUCUGUGACCCCUGGGGCGGAGACCAUGGCCACAGUGGAUAAUCAGUCUGUGAUCCCUGGGGCGGAGACCACGGCCACAGUGGGUAAUCAGUCUGUGAUCCCUGGGGUGGAGACCACGGCCACAGUGGGUAGUCAGUCUGUGAUCCCUGGGGUGGAGACCACGGCCACAGUGGGUAAUCAGUCUGUGAUCCCUGGGGUAGAGACCACAGCCACAGUGGGUAAUCAGCCUGUGAUCCCUGGGGUAGAGACCACGGCCACAGUGGGUAAUCAGUCUGUGAUCCCUGGGGUAGAGACCACAGCCACAGUGGGUAAUCAGUCUGUGAUCCCUGGGGUAGAGACCACAGACACAGUGGGUAAUCAGCCUGUGAUCCCUGGGGUAGAGACCACAGACACAGUGGGUAAUCAGUCUGUGAUCCCUGGGGUAGAGACCACAGCCACAGUGGGUAAUCAGCCUGUGAUCCCUGGGGUAGAGACCACAGCCACAGUGGGUAAUCAGUCUGUGAUCCCUGGGGAGGAGACCACGGCCACAGUGGGUAAUCAGCCUGUGAUCCCUGGGGUAGAGACCACAGCCACAGUGGGUAAUCAGCCUGUGAUCCCUUGGCCAGAGACCACAGACACAGUGAAUAAUCAGUCUGUGAUCCCUGGGGAGGAGAUCAUGGCCACAGUGGGUAAUCAGCCUGUGAUCUCUGAGGAGGAAACCACAGACACAGUGGAUAAUCAGCCUGUGACUCCUGGAGGGAUGGAUACAACUCUUGUCUAUCUUCAGACUAUGACUCCCAGUGAGAAGGGAACUUUGAGGAAGAAGGCUGUGGUCCUUGAAAAGAUCACUGUUCCCCCUAGAGAGAUGUCCGUUGCACCUAAUGGGCAGAGCACAGCUCUAAAGUGGGAGAGAUUGAUUACUGAAGUGGAGACUUACCCCCAGAAUGGAUGAAUUGGUCUUCAUGUAGCAGCGGAGAACAGAAUGCUGUCCUCCAACACUAUUGUCCUGUUCCCAGGAUACGCUCCUUUCUCUUUUGAAAAUGGCUUCACUCUUAUUGAUGGAAACCACUGCUUUGUCAACACCAUAGCCCUUCUAACAAAUCUCCUCUCUCUUACAAAAAGAACACCCAGAACACUCUGUUACAGAUCAAAGAUCAUGAGCUCCAUUGGUGGCAAAUCCCCGGGAAAAACCCUUGUUUUUUUCUUCUGUGUGAUAUAACAGAAGUCACCUCAUGCUGCCACCUAUGAACCAUUUGUGGGGCAAAGCUGGCACCAAAGCCACCAUGGGGCAAUCUUGUUUUUGUCUAAUAAACUGGAAGCAUGAGAAUCUU